GUGCGGCACUGUGGCAGCAAGCGCUUCCGGCGGAACAGCAUUGUCGCGGAUGAUCACGUGAUCGAGGAUCGACUUCUUCGUUUGUGGCCACGAGGUUUUGUGGUGUAAAAUUAAGUUUACCGGGUGGAAAAGGCCCCCUAUUUUUGUAGUUAUACAAAAAUGCCCUCCAGCAACCCGUUGCCACCCAAAGAAAAUGCCCUGUUCAAGCGGAUCCUGAGAUGCUACGAACACAAACAAUACAAAAAUGGGCUAAAGUUCGCAAAACAAAUCCUGUCAAAUCCCAAAUUCAGCGAGCAUGGAGAGACUUUGGCGAUGAAGGGUCUCACGCUGAACUGCUUAGGCCGCAAGGAAGAAGCUUACGAUCAUGUGCGCCGUGGCCUCAGGAACGAUCUACAGUCCCAUGUCUGCUGGCAUGUUUACGGCCUUCUACAGCGCUCUGACAAGAAGUAUGACGAGGCUAUCAAAUGUUACAGAAAUGCGCUCAAAUGGGAUAAGGACAACAUUCAAAUUCUUAGGGAUCUAUCAUUGUUACAAAUCCAGAUGCGGGAUCUGGAAGGUUACAAGGAUACCAGAUAUCAAUUGUUUAUGUUACGUCCUACUCAACGAGCUUCUUGGAUCGGUUUUGCUAUUUCGUAUCAUUUAUUAAGAGAUUAUGAGAUGGCAUUGAAAAUUUUAGAUACUUUUCGAAAUUCUCCAAUGAUAUGUUAUGAUUAUGAACAUAGCGAGCUGUUAUUAUAUCAAAAUAUGGUCAUCCAGGAAUCAGGAGAGUGUGAACAGGCAUUGAAACAUUUAGACAAGUAUAGUGAUCAAAUUUGUGACAAAGUUACUGUCAAAGAGACUUAUGGUAAACUAAGACUUCAAUUGAAACAAUACGCAGAAGCAGAGCAAGUUUAUAAAGAGCUAUUAGAUAUUAAUCCUGAAAACACAACAUAUUAUACUAGGCUAGCAGAGGCUGAGAGACACACUUCGCCAAGCGAAACAUUACAUAUGCUCCAAAGAUAUGAAGAACUCUUCCCUCGUGCGUUAGCGCCACGCCGUUUGCAGCUCAAUUAUGCGACAGGAGAUGAAUUUAAAGUUUUAGUUGAUCGAUAUUUACGAAAAGGGCUUCACAAAGGCAUACCGCCGUUAUUUGUAAACCUUCGUUCGUUAUACACCGAUAAGGAAAAGGUCGAAAUCAUAUCAUCUCUACUUGUGCAAUACAAGGAGGCAUUAAAACUUCACGGUCAUUUUAGCGAUCAAGAGAAAGAUAAUCCAAGAGAACCGGCAUCUGCUUUGUUAUGGACCUAUUACUAUCUAGCACAACAUUACGAUUACCUCGGUCAAACUGAGAAGGCAUUGAUUGAAAUUGACGCUGCCAUAGAUCAUACUCCUACGCUUAUAGAACUUUUUGUUACCAAAGGACGCAUUUAUAAGCAUGCUGGAAAUGUUCAAGAAGCUUAUAAAUGGCUGGACGAGGCACAGGGGUUAGAUACAGCUGACCGAUAUAUUAACUCUAAAUGUGCCAAGUACAUGCUCCGUGCGAAUCUUAUUAAAGAAGCGGAGGAGACAUGUGGGAAAUUCACAAGAGAAGGAGUUUUAGCUAUGGAAAAUUUGAAUGAAAUGCAGUGCAUGUGGAUUCAAACAGAAGCAGCCAAUGCGUACAAACGUCUUGGAAAAUAUGGAGAGGCAUUGAAGAAAUGUCACGAAGUAGAUAGGCAUUUUUCGGAAAUAAUAGAGGACCAAUUUGACUUUCAUACAUAUUGUAUGCGGAAAAUGACAUUGCGGUCUUACGUGGGUCUCUUAAGGUUAGAAGAUGUUCUCCGAGCUCAUCCAUUUUACUUCAAAGCAGCGAAAUGUGCAAUGGAGGUCUAUCUGCGACUACAUGAUUACCCUUUGCCUGAUCCGGCGCAAACGCAAGAAAUCGACACUGAAAACUUGGCGCCAUCCGAACUGAAAAAGCUGAGGAACAAACAGAGGAAACAACGCAGAAAGGCCGAACUCGAACGGCAGCAGGCCGCUCAAGCUCAAGAAAAAAGGGAGCAGCAUAACAAAUCUCGACAGCAGAACGAUCCUGAUCUCGAGCAGCCCACACUAGAUGAAUUAAUUCCGGAAAAGUUAGAAAGGAUCGAAGAUCCAUUGGAGCAAGCGAUAAAAUUCUUGCAGCCCUUGCAGGAAUUGGCAUCGAAUCGGAUAGAAACGCAUCUCAUGGCUUUCGAAAUAUAUAUUCGGAAAGGUCGCACUCUUCUCAUGCUACGCUCAAUAAAACGUGCUCAUAGAUUGGACAUGAACAAUCCAGAUCUGCAUACAUGUUUAGUACGUUUUCUGUUGCACAUCAAUAAAUCUCCGCUGGAAGGAGCAGUGGGCGAGGUAGUGAAACGUCAGACCGCGGGAAUCUUCUCCAGUACGAAGGCGGCACAAUUGAACGCUGAGUACUUGAAGAAAAAUAGGAAUUCGUUGCCGCAUCUGCUGCAAGGCGCGCGGAUGUUAUACGUUUUGGACCCGUCCGCGCAGACGAAGGCGCUAUCCCUUGUAACGAACUUCGAGGAAUUCGAAGGCGUGACGUUGCAGAACUGUACGAAGGUGCUCGAGGCAUUACGUAACGGUGACUUCGGACACUGUGACGAUACGAUAGCCGAUUACAUGGCGAAAUGCCAUGUGCGAUUCCCAUUCGCCACCGCGUUUCGGCCGCCUGAGCCGAAAACCAAUAAUCAUCAAGAAAAGGAGAAUUCGAUCAAAAACUGAUCCAGGCACGCGCUAUUGCAGCGUCACUGAAUCGCUAUCGUAAUUAGGCAAGUCAAUGGAGGGAUGCGGAAGUUUCUUCUGAUCUGCGUUAGAGGACGUUAAAAAUCAUGUUUUAAGGUAGACCGACGGUUAAAAAAAAAAAAAAAAACGAAAUUGGCGAAAUAACUAAUCGAGUAAAGCAUGUGUUGUAUGCGAACUGUUCUCCGAGAGUAUUUCACGUAGUGCGAACAGUGCUGGGAUAGUGCUGGAUAAACAAUCCUAAUAAAUUAUAAUACGACGAGGCGCGGACUGCCUACAAUUUCUGGAACGCGGUCCGGAAUUUUUACAGGAAAGAAAAUAGAGAAAGAAAGAGAGAGAGAAAGAAAGGACGACUUAGCUAAAUAUUAGUUAACAAUCGAGACCGAUUAAUUUGACAAGUUCUACUUAUCGUGGGCGGCGACGCUAAACGGGACGAGUGGGAUGGGGAUCGGGAUGAGAGGAGAGAUAAUCGACAAAAGUGCGGACUGUUUUGUGGUAUAGGACGUGCAGUGUGUAAAAUAACACGUGCGAGACUAACACAUUGGUACAAAAAGACAAGACUUGUAUACAUACAUACAUACGCGCGCUCUAAUGCGAAUAUUUCUACUCGACUUAAGGUGUAUAAUUUCCAGCGAUGCCUACAUAAUACUCUACUAUGUAGAGGCCGCAAAACGCUAGACGAUCAUCGAAGCACCGAAUACUGUACCGUGCAUGUCCGUCGUCGCAUUUGGAUGGACUCCGUUCCCACAUCGUGUACUAACUUCUGGUUCAUCUCAUCCGUGAACUGUUGAUUUGAAUGAACAAAAUCUAACGCUUUUCUUCUUAGAUACACAUUUUAUUCCUGCGUUUUUGCCCAGGGUAAUGAUCUACGUUUGGAUUGGAGCCCUGAUAUUCCAUCGAGAAGUCAAUAAGGAAGUAGUGUCCGUUUGCGAAAGUCUCUGUGAAAGUUACUAUAGGAACGAUAAACUGCGUUUUGUAUACGCAAACUACCAAAGUAUAUCAUAAAUCGAAAAGCCGUUAGUGUGUUAAUAGCGAAUAUCAUCGUACGUGUGUACAUCGACGAAUUGCGGAAAUUUUAAUAAACAAGAGGUUUAAAGCCUACCGGUACAAGUCGAAGAAUAUUAUGAUUACCUCGUUUGAUUUCCGAAAAUAAUGCUACAUAUUUAUAAGUUUUUUCAGUUUUCCUGUAAAACCAUUUUCAAUACGAAAUGACCGAUAGAUAUUACUGAGCUAUUAAUAAUGUUUGUAUAUAUUUCAGGUACUAUAUCAAUAAGUGUAUAACAUCUUACGACUUUCUUUUGAAUGAGCAACAAAUGGUUUGCCGCUGAUCAAUAUUGUCUGAAUGUUUAUCACCUCUUCAAACAUGUCAUAACAGUAAUCAUAAACAUAG